AUGGUUGAAUUCGUUGGGUUGAUUAAGGUUAAUGUCGUCAGAGGAACCAAUCUAGCGAUCAGGGAUGUGGUGAGCAGUGACCCUUACGUCAUGCUUACUUUGGGGCACCAAGUAAGUUCUCUUAGAACGCACACAUCCUCCACUUUGUUGGUUUCCAAUGUUUGAGCAAUAACAGUUCAUUCCAUCCAAAAAAUUCCAGUCGGUGAAGACAAGGGUGAUAAAGAGCAGCCUAAAUCCGAUUUGGAAUGAAAGUUUACUGCUGUCCAUUCCAGAUUCCAUUCCACCCCUGAAGCUGGUAAAUUUAUCUUCCUCAUUUAAUUAUCGAUUUAAUUAAUGAGUGAUUUGAACUGCUUGAGACGAUCCAUCUAUUGUUGUUCCAGUACUGAUUCCAUUCAUCCUAUGGUCACCGUUCCUGUUGUUUAUCCAUUGCUUGCAUUAGUAUAUCGUUAUAUAUAUGCUAGCACGGCUCCUAUUUAUGGCAUGGACAAGGGGAUAUUCAUUUCUUGUCAUAAUGUCGCAUAUUUCUGAAUGUAUGUAAUUGAUUUAUUUCCCCUCAAUACAAGGAAUUUUUCGAAGGCCAAAAUCGUACCCCUACUGUUUGUAGGGGCUAUCUCGUUUUGACAGAUAAAAAUUGGUGCAACACUGACGUUUUUUUAAGGUUAGAAAGCAAUCAACAGUUUCUUCUCCCAUGUCCUGGUAUUGUGGAGCAGUUCGAGCACCUCGCCCAACUGUGUUGUUUGCUGAAUAGGGCACCACGAGAGUCACCCUCCUGCCUUUGGCCUGCUCCCAUGCGGCCCAGCAGUUCUCUUCUCCCUUUCUCAGCUGCCUCUGCCGAGUGCCUGCAAAAGUGGAAAGGCAUCCUCCUUAAGUCUCUCUCUAAAGAAAAAAGGCCUGGCAUCUGAGCUUGUUGUCAUGGCUGGAUUAUCUCCUUGGAACGCGUAGCUCUGUAGAUUGGCAAACACCAUUUUUUUUCUAUUUUCAGUUUACAUGAAAAGGCCCAGAAACAAGCACCAUGCCCUGGAUGGAGCUUGCUCCCAGAACUGUAGAUCUCUGAUUGCAUGAAUCUGUACUGAGUGAAAUGGAGGCCAAGAUUUCUCCGGGUUUGGUUUUCAAACUAAAGUAGAUAUUCCUCUGUUGGCAGCAAGUCUAUGACAAGGACACCUUCACCACCGACGACAGGAUGGGGGAGGCGGAGAUCGACAUCCAGCCGCUGGUCUGCGCCGCCAAGGCGCACGAGAGCUCCGGCAUCUCGGAGCCCAUGCAGCUGGGGAGAUGGCUGGCCUCCGAAGACAAUACCCUCGGCAAGGACAGCGUAAUUUCCCUCGUGGACGGGCGGGUGCGGCAGGAGAUGACCUUGCGGCUCCAGAACGUCGAGCGCGGAGAGCUGGAGAUUGAGCUCGAGUGCGUCCCCCUCAGCCAAUAA